AUGUCGAUCCUCAAGAGUGUCAAGACCUUAGGACAGACUUCGACCGAAAUUAAGGUCAGAGAAGCAACAGAUGACAACCAAUACACUGGCGCGACCGGGUCUUUGAUGAGUGAGCUUUCCGUUCUGACAUACAGUCCCAAGACUCUGCGGGAGAUCACGCAGGUGAUACGGAAAAGAUUGAGCGGGAACUACCGGAAAAGCUCACAGGUCAACGCAAUCCAUAUUCUGAAGACCUUGACGCUGGUUUCGUAUCUUAUAAACAGUGGUUCGAAUGAAUUUAUAUCGUGGGUACGAUCGUAUGCUUACCUUGUGAACACUCUCAAAGAAUUCACGAUAGGUAGUCGUGGGAAUGAAACGAUGGCGAGCCAGAUACGAAGACUUGCAUUUUCCCUUUCAGAGCUUUUACGCGACGACGAGCUUCUUCGAAAGCGAAGGAGCGAUAUCACUCUCUUCCGGUCUAGUAUUUCGACGCCGGGCAGAAAAUCAACGGAUAACAGCCAUCUAAGGCUGGUUUCGGGGAAUACAGAUGCAAGAACGCACGAAAAUCAUAAAAGAAGUUUGGAUUCGAGCCGAUGGCAUGGCGAAAGUAGUCACCGGCAACCUAUGGAUCCAGUGGUUUUGGGGCCGGUGCGAGAGGAGGAAAACUUUGACUGGGGUGGUACCCUCACUACCGGUUUUCGAGAUGACAAAAGAGAAGAUGAGCUGUCGAACGCAUCUGCGUAUAAGCGUCGAGGCGUGACGCGACGGCUUUCCAAUCGGUUUCUACUUUGA